ACAAUCCUAGGAGAAACUCAUGAAGAGGAGGAUGAGAUCCUUCCGCGCAAAGACUAUGAGAGCUUGGAUUACGAUCGCUGUAUCAAUGACCCAUACUUGGAAGUUUUGGAGAGCAUGGACAACAAGAAAGCCCAGAGAUACGAAGCAGUGAAGUGGGUGAUGGUUUUUGCUAUUGGAGUCUGCACAGGACUGGUGGGCCUCUUUGUGGAUUUCUUUGUACGGCUCUUUACCCAGCUCAAGUUCCGGGUGGUACAAAGCUCGGUGGAAGAAUGCACUGAGAAAGGCUGCCUUGCGUUGUCCUUGCUGGAGCUGCUGGGGUUCAAUAUGACCUUUGUUUUUCUUGCCAGUCUUCUGGUCCUGAUCCAACCUGUAGCAGCUGGAUCAGGAAUUCCUGAAAUUAAGUGCUACCUCAAUGGGGUAAAGGUUCCAGGGGUUGUGCGUCUCCGGACGGUGGUGUGCAAAGCUAUGGGAGUGCUCUUCAGUGUGGCAGGAGGUCUUUUUGUCGGGAAGGAGGGUCCAAUGAUUCACAGUGGUGCCGUCGUGGGUGCGGGUUUGCCACAGUUCCAGAGCAUCUCUUUGAGGAAGAUCCAAUUUCACUUUCCCUAUUUCCGCAGUGACAGGGAUAAAAGGGAUUUUGUAUCUGCUGGAGCUGCUGCAGGGGUUGCAGCUGCCUUUGGAGCCCCAAUUGGGGGCACUCUUUUCAGCUUGGAAGAAGGUUCCUCUUUCUGGAACCAAGGACUUACAUGGAAAGUGCUGUUCUGUUCCAUGGCUGCCACCUUCACUCUGAAUUUUUUCCGCUCUGGGAUUCAGUUUGGAAGUUGGGGAUCUUUCCAGCUUCCUGGGCUGCUGAACUUUGGGGAGUUUAAG